CUUACUGAAUGUGGGUGUGUUUUUGUUCUGUCCGCAUUUGUUACCUCGCCCUUUUUUACGGCAUUGCAAAUUGACGCUGUUUUAAAAAGUACUCAAAUUGAUGUAGACAAAGUUUAGCUGGCUGACUUUACUAAAAUGAAAGUUAAAGUUAAUUUUCACACAUUUUCGUCUCACUCUUGUAGCUAGCCAGCAAGGUACAAGCUAACAAUCUUACCGAGGCUGAGACCGCGUCCUCCCUUCAAAUGUCCGACAUCAUGUUUCCGCUUCAAAUGCUUGCGAAUCACAGAUGUACAGCCAUAUAAACAAGAUUGGAGACCUGAAGUUUUACGUCUUUCGCCACCGCGAUACCCCAAAGCGGUCCACGGUGCCCAACAAUGUGGCGACAACUAACAUGGCCAUGGAGACCAAGGUGCAAUGGCUGCAACAGCAGGUGAUCCAGAAAAGAACCAAAAUAACUGUUCACAUCCUUGACAAAAAAACCUCACAUCUUUGCACCGAAAUGCAACUCUUCAAAAACCAAACGUGGAAAUGUCUGUGGUAUAAUCUCUGCAGGCACAAACCCAAACUCUGCCGGUCCCCUAUGAAUAUUGCUGGGGCCUGGAGGAGGGGGUUCACUGGCAGGGGUGUUGUGGUGUCCGUCCUAGAUGAUGGCAUCAACGGAGAGCAUCCAGACCUUAAACCAAAUUACGAUCCUCUCGCCAGCUUUGAUGUGAACGGACAACACCGACGUCCUCCUCCGAGUUAUUACGGGACCGCUGCCAACUACCACGGGACUCGGUGCGCGGGGAUAGUGGCCGCCGCAAUCCAUUCGCCGUGCACAAUAGGAGUGGCUUUCCGAGCACGGAUCGGCGGCGUCCGGAUGCUGAAUGGGCUGGAAGGGGAAACGACGGACAUCGUGGAGGCGCAGGCGCUGAGCUUCAAACCUCAACAUGUGGAUGUUUAUUUAGCUGGCUGGGGGCCGCAAGACGAUGGCGGCACUGUGGAUGGACCCGGGCCUGUGACUCGCCUCGCUUUGCAGAACGGCAUUGAAACAGGCCGACACGGUAGGGGCUCUGUUUAUGUCUGGCCGACGGGAAACGGCGGUGAAAAAGGUGAUCAGUGCUCGUGCGACGGCUACAGCAACAGCAUCUACACCAUCUCCAUCAGCAGCAUCCAGCACAGGAAUGAGGCAGGCUAUCAGGAGAGUUGCUCAUCAACGCUGGCUACAGCUUCCACUGCGGAGGAGAUUCCGGUGUUGACUCCACAGCAGCGCUGUGGCACAGCUAAAUCCGGGUCGGCCCUCUCGGCUUCCAUGGCUGCCGGUGUCAUAGCGCUCACGCUGGAGGCAAACCCUCUGCUAACCUGGAGAGACGUGCAGCACAUCAUUGUUCUGACGUCAGAUGCCCGUCAGCUUGUGGCGGCCGACUGGAGCACGAAUGGCGCCGGACACAAAGUGAGCCACCUGUAUGGCUACGGCAUGUUGGAUGCUGAGAGCAUGGUAUUGCAGGCUAAGCGAUGGAGACCAGUCCCCACACAGCAUGUGUGCGUGGCGGAAGCACCCGCCCAAUUAAACAGAAUCAUUCAUCCAGGCACCGUGCUGACGUCAGCGUUGGAGACCGCCGGCUGCUCCGGCACGUCCAAGCAGCACGUCCAAGACGUGGAGCACGUGGUGGUGCGUGUCACCGUCGCAUGCGGUCGUCGUGGCGACCUUUCGAUAACGCUCACGUCACCUUCGGGCACCGUGUCGCAGCUUCUAAACAAAAGGCCUCGUGACAACUCCACCGAGGGAUUUCACGAGUGGGAAUUCAUGACAACUCAUUGCUGGGGGGAACAGGCCGCUGGGGAGUGGACCUUGAGAAUGCGUGAUUCUCCCUCUGGAGGGAGAGAAAACUUUGAACCAGGGAUGCUGAAGAAGUGGUCUCUGGUGAUUUAUGGCACUGCAGAGCCACCGUAUCCCGUUCAUCGCCGGCAAACGCGAUCGGCUGAGAUGCCGAAGGAUGAGGACUUCACUGAAGAAUACACUGGAGUCUUUACAAUUCAAGGACUCUGCGACCCAGAAUGCAGCGACGAUGGUUGCGAAGGUCCCAGCCCCAGGCAGUGUGUCACGUGCUCCCACUUUUUCCUUAAAUUCAAGAACAACACACGGAUGUGUGUGUCAGAGUGUCCUAAGGGAUUCUGGGGAGACCGGCGACGAUGUAAGCGAUGCUACUUCUCCUGUGAGAGCUGUACAGGAAGUCGUAGUGAUCAAUGCACCUCAUGUCAACCCCGCUACCACCUGACUGAGGGGACCAAUACAUGCACUGCUGUCUGCCAGGAAGACUAUUACCUGGACCAUGAUGCAAAUAUGUGCAGAAAGUGCAGCGAGAACUGCUUGAGGUGUACCUCCUCCAGCGUCUGCACUGAAUGCAAAACAGACAUGAGCCUGCGCGGGAACCGAUGCCAGCGGAGCUGCGCGCCAACAUUCUACCACGACGAGGGGGAGGGUCUGUGCAAAGCUUGCCACCGGGUCUGCGCUGCUUGCGCAGGUGCAGGCGUUGAGGCGUGCACACAAUGUGCAGAAGGUUACUUAAUGGAGGAAUGGAGGUGUGUUCCCUCCUGCAGUGGCGGCUUCUUCGCCACAGAGCCAAACCUGGAGAUAGCUGACGGGCACAGGAUGUGUAGGAGGUGCGACGCCAGCUGUCUCACCUGCGUCGGACCGAGCCUGGCCAACUGCAGCAGCUGUUCCAGUGGUCACAGCCUGCAGGAUGGGGAGUGUGUUCUCAACACAGCAUGCGCAGAUGGAGAGUACCAAGACGGUAACGGACAGUGUCACCGGUGUCACCCGACAUGUCUGAAGUGCACAGGACCGCAAGACUGGGAGUGCAUCAGCUGUGUUGCUUCACGCGCUCUGGACGAGGGUCAUUGCCUAGUGGAGUGCGCCAGGGGCAAGUAUGAGUCGGGUAGGCGGUGCCACUUGUGUGAUCACACCUGCGCCACGUGUGUAGAGGCGGGGCCGGCCAACUGCACCAGCUGUGACACUGACAAGUUUGGACUGGAGCGUUACCUGCACGAGGGUCACUGUGUUGACACCUGUCCCGAGGCUUUUUACCACACCAAGGACAGGAGCUGUGAGCCCUGCUCGGACCACUGCAGGCUCUGCACAAGUUCCUACCACUGCCUGAAGUGUAACUCCUCCUAUUACGUCUCAGAUGGGGCGUGCGUCAAGCUGGAGUGUGGAGAAGGAGAAGUCGAAGAUCCAGACUACAGUGACUGCAUGGCGUGCGAGGAAGGCUGCAGGCAGUGUGUCUUAUAUAACCCCAGGCAUUGCCUGUCCUGCAAAGAAGGCUUUUACAAUUUCCAGGAUGGCUGCUACAAAAACUGCCCCGCUAAAACGUACAGCGUAGAGGAGGAGAUGGCCUGCGUGCCGUGUGACGACAACUGUGUGAGCUGCGACCAGCACGAGUGCUACUGGUGCGAGACUGACCUCUUCCUGUCAGAGGGGAAAUGCGUGUCCGUAUGCCCAGGCGGUUACUACGGCGACGAAGACACAAAUGACUGUGAAGAGUGUCACACAGACUGCGUGUCGUGCAUUGGCCCCCACGUCCACGACUGUGCUUCGUGUGAAGAGGGCAAAACUCUGGAAAUUGGACAGUGCGUGUCUGACGAGGACGUAUGUCCAUUUGGGACGUUUCGCAGCGAGGAUGGCGAGUGUGAGGAUUGUCACCCAUCCUGUGAGUCCUGCUCUGGAGAAGACAGGGACCUGUGUGCAAAAUGUGCAAAAGGGCGCUUCCUGACCUCUCAGCAAACAUGCGUGUCAAAAUGUCCCGGGGCUUUUUUCGGCGGCCGGCUGAGCGGCGAGUGCGAGCCGUGCCCCGCCGGCUGUUUGCACUGCCUGGACUCUGAGCGUUGCACCCGCUGCCUGAGCCAUCCCAGGGCGCCGUUCUUCCUGCAGGACGGCCAGUGUCUUCAGAAGUGUGUCAGGGGUUAUCCUACUGGCCAGGUGUGUCGAAGUUGCACGGCAGGUUGUGCGUCCUGCGAGAAGAACGCCACCUACUGCCUGAGCUGCGAGGAACCUCUGCUGCUACACAAUCACCAGUGUGUGGACCAGUGUCCUCCGGGUCUCACAGUCCGGCUCCACGAGUGCCAUCAUUGCCCCGCAGCCUGUGACGAGUGCAGCCCCCUCGGGGAGUGCACAGCCUGUGAGGAGUAUCAUUUCCUCCACGAAGGCCUGUGUAUGGCCGAGUGCCCCGACAGCUUCUUCGGCGAUGACGAGAGACGGGAGUGUUUGCGCUGCCAUGCCGACUGUGAUUUGUGUGACGGUCCCAACGAUAUCGACUGCGAUGCUUGUGUCGACCCCGGGGCGAUACUGUACAAUGGAGCGUGUGUGCCUGUGUGUCCUUCUCAUACCUUCAUGGACGCCGUGACGGGAGAAUGUAAAGACUGUGACGCCUCCUGCCUUACCUGUGAGGGCCCCUUGGCCGCCUCCUGCUCCAGCUGCAGAGAAGACCACCGGCUGCUGGAGGAGGAGGAGGAAGAGGGCAAAGGCCGCUGCGUGCUGUUGGCCGACGAGUGUUCGCCGCAUCAGUAUCCCGACACGCACGGAGGAUGCCUUCCUUGUCACAAAUACUGCCAGCGCUGCUCGGGUCCUGAGAAGAGCCACUGCUUGAGCUGCAAGCUGAGACAUCUCCUACUCAAUGGCACCUGCGUGGAUCAAUGCCCGCCAGAUCACUACGCCGACGAGGUGCGUCAGAAAUGUGAAGCGUGCCACCCGACAUGUCAGUCCUGCGUGGGAAAACACCGUCACGAGUGUCUGACCUGCAAGGACCGCCUGUUUCGAGACGGCAAAGAGUGCGUGGAGACGUGUCGCCACAGUCACUAUGGCAACGCGGCCUCCAGGACAUGCGAGCCUUGCCACCCAAGUUGCGUGGAGUGUUCAGGGGGCGGAGCCGGCGGCUGCCUGAGCUGUGCCCCGGGUCUGGUCUACUUGCGGGGAGAAGGCCGUUGCCUUGCCGUGUGUCCUGAGGGGUUCUACAGCCACGCCGAGAACUCAUCCUGCGAGCGUUGUCAUGCCGGCUGUGCAUCGUGCUCAGGGAAGAGCGCGCACUCCUGUGACUCCUGUCGACCAGGUUACCUCCUGUCAGGCGGGACGUGUGUGUCAGUGUGCCACACAGGAACGUUCCCACUAAUGAAGGGUUCCAGCCACACUUGUGAGGACUGUGACCGCUCCUGCCUUCAAUGUCGAGGGCCCGCCCCCGCAGACUGCACCGUGUGUGGCGCGCAGGCCAUCUUGGAAGCCGGGGGACGCUGUCUGCUCUGUUGCCAACAUGAGGAGGAGGAGGAGGGAGCGGAGGCCAGGGCAGCGCACGACUGUUGUAACUGCACGGAAACGAGAGGCGAGUGCGUCCUCAGCACCAACUUGGCGUUCCGGAACGAGGAGGAAGAAGAAGAGGCGAGCGGCAAUCUGGCGGUCUUCAUCAUCGCCUGCGUCUUGCUGGUGGCCGCACUCGUCGCCGCCAUCUUCCUCAUCCAGCACUCCCGCUCCAAGAGGACGCCCUCCGACGCUCCCGCACGGGGUUACGAGAAGCUGGGCUCCGACGGCCACACAAGCUCCUCCUCCAACGCUUCCCACGGAGGACGCUGCAAAGACACUCAGCUGGUCGACUUCCGCCAACACCACUCGGGCGGUAAAGACGAGGAAGACGAGGAGGACGAGGAGGACAUUGUCUACAUGGGCCAGGACGGGACCGUGUACAGGAAGUUCCGCUACGGACAACUGGGAGAGGACGAGGACGAUUUGGAGUAUGACGACGAGAGCUACACUUAUAGAUGAAGCAUGGGAGAUGUCCCUCAUAUUAAUACUUCAAAUAGUAUUGUGCAAAAGUCUUGGGUCACCUACAAAACAUGUCCUCCAGUCUAAAAGACGACAUCUUUCGUGUGUGUUGACCAAAUACAAACCAGUUCAGAAGUAUGUCGCUAAACACAAAAGCAGCAUCCAUCAAGCAUGAAAACAAACAAAUAUAAUAUUAUGUUCUGUAUUCAUUUUUAUGUUCUUUCCCUUAUUUUUCUUUUCUUUUUUGAUUGAUUGAUUGAAACUUUUAUUAGUACAUUGCACAGUACAGUACAUAUUCCGUACAAUUGACCACUAAUUGGUAACACCCGAAUACGUUUUUCAACUUGCUUAAGUCGGUGUCCACGUAAAUCAACUCGCACAUAUUCUCAUACUACGGUAAAUAUUCUCAGCAUUUAUUCAACCUAAACCGCAAAAAGGACGGGAAGCUAGCUAUAAUGGAGAGAGGCUUUUGAUUCUCUCAUUUGAAAACAAAUCAUUUAGAGCAGGUUAGUAUAAAAAAUGAGCUAAAAUUUUUGAAUGAAAAAAACUGCCGUUCUAAAUGUGUCCACUGGAUGUCGCAAUAGCAAUUAUUUGUAUCUUUGUAGAUGAUGCUACAUAUGUACAACAUAAACCACAUGAUGUUAGUACAUCAGUCGAGGAAAAUUAUCAAAGUACAUAAAUAACGUACUGUAAUUUGAUUUUGUUAUCAUUUUUUUAUCUUGAUAGAUUGAAAAUGAACACCAAUAAGAGGAGUGAUGAACAUUAUUACAUAAUGUAUACAGAAAAUAUAAAUAACGAAUUAUUAACUGCAACAUGUAAGUGUAAAAAAAACAACAACAUUAUGAUUUGUACAAUUUCAGAAUGUGCUUGUUCUAUUUUUAAACAAAGAAAACAAUCUGAAGUUGUCUUUAUUUGGGAGUAGAUUUUUCUCCCUGUGGCCCCCGAUCUGAAAUGAGUUUGACACCCCUGAUUUAGAGAAUGAAUAAGCACUUAAAGGCCUACUGAAAUGAAUUUUUUUAAUUUAAACGGGAAUAGCAGAUCCAUUCUAUGUGUCAUACUUGAUCAUUUCGCGAUAUUGCCAUAUUUUUGCUGAAAGGAUUUAGUAGAGAAAAUCGACGAUAAAGUUCGCAACUUUUGCUCGCUGAUAAAAAAAGCCUUGCCUGUACCGGAAGUAGCGUGACGUCACAGGAGCUA